UCGGCUUCCGCGUUCGGGCCUGCGCUGUGUUAGAGGCGGCGGCGGCGGCGGCGGCGGCGAGGAGGGACGCGGGCUACGGGCAUGGACGUUUCGGGGCAGGAGACCGACUGGCGUAGUGCCGCCUUUCGGCAGAAGCUGGUCAGCCAAAUUGAGGAUGCCAUGAGGAAAGCUGGUGUGGCCCACAGUAAAUCUAGCAAGGAUAUGGAGAGUCAUGUGUUCCUGAAGGCCAAGACCCGGGACGAAUACCUUUCCCUUGUGGCCCGACUCAUUAUCCAUUUUCGAGAUAUUCAUAACAAGAAAUCACAAGCUUCUGUCAGUGACCCCAUGAAUGCACUGCAGAGCCUCACUGGUGGACCCACUCCAGGAGCAGCUGGGAUUGGCAUGCCGCCUCGGGGCCCAGGACAGUCCCUGAGCGGGAUGGGUGGCCUUGGUGCCAUGGGACAGCCAAUGCCCCUCUCUGGGCAGCCACCCCCUGGAACUUCUGGGAUGGCCCCUCAUGGCAUGGCUGUGGUAUCUACAGCAGCUCCACAGACUCAGCUGCAGCUCCAGCAAGUGGCAUUGCAGCAACAACAGCAGCAGCAGCAGCAGCAGCAGCAGUUCCAGCAACAGCAGGCAGCACUGCAGCAGCAACAGCAGCAGCAGCAGCAGUUCCAGGCACAACAGAAUGCCAUGCAGCAACAGUUCCAAGCAGUGGUGCAGCAACAGCAUCUCCAGCAGCAGCAGCAACACCUGAUUAAGUUGCAUCACCAAAGCCAGCAGCAACAGAUACAACAGCAACAACUGCAGAGGAUGGCACAAUUGCAGCUGCAGCAGCAACAGCAGCAGCAACAGCAGCAAGCUUUGCAGGCCCAGCCACCAAUGCAGCAGCCACCAAUGCAGCAGCCACAGCCUCCCCCUUCUCAGGCCCUGCCCCAGCAGCUGCAGCAGAUGCAUCAUCCUCAGCAUCACCAGCCACCACCUCAGGCUCAGCAGUCCCCAGUUGCUCAGAACCAACCUGCAGCACAGCCCCCACCCCAGUCACAAAGCCAGCCUUUGGUGGCACAAGCACAAGGCCUCCCUGGACCAAUGCUGUAUGCUGCCCAGCAGCAGCUGAAAUUUGUCCGUGCUCCGAUGGUGGUCCAGCAGCCGCAGGUGCAGCCGCAGGUGCAGCCCCAGGUGCAGCCGCAGGUGCAGCCGCAGGCGGCAGUGCAGACAGCACAGGCUGCCCAGAUGGUAGCUCCCGGCGUCCAGAUGAUUGCUGAAGCCUUGGCCCAAGGCGGGAUGCACGUAAGAGCCCGGUUCCCGCCCACCUCCACCAUGUCUGCUGGCCCGUCAAGCUCCAUCUCUUUGGGCGGACAGCCCACAGCACAGGUCAGCCAGAGCAACCUCGCCAUGCUGUCCUCACCAUCACCGGGCCAGCAGGUGCAGACCCCACAGUCGAUGCCCCCUCCCCCGCAGCCAUCCCCACAGCCGGGCUCACAGCCCAACUCCAAUGUCAGCUCCGGCCCUGCCCCAUCCCCCAGCAGCUUCCUGCCUAGCCCCUCACCACAGCCUUCUCAGAGCCCAGUGACAGCACGCACCCCACAGAACUUCAGCGUCCCCUCUCCUGGACCUUUAAACACCCCUGUGAACCCCAGUUCGGUCAUGAGCCCAGCCGGCUCCAGCCAGGCCGAGGAGCAGCAGUACCUGGACAAGCUGAAGCAGCUGUCCAAGUACAUCGAGCCCCUGCGACGCAUGAUCAACAAGAUCGACAAGAAUGAGGACAGGAAAAAGGACCUAAGUAAGAUGAAGAGCCUGCUGGACAUUCUCACUGACCCCUCUAAGCGGUGUCCCCUGAAGACCCUGCAGAAGUGUGAGAUUGCCCUGGAGAAACUCAAGAACGACAUGGCAGUGCCCACACCCCCACCACCACCAGUUCUUCCAACCAAACAGCAGGACCUGUGCCAGCCACUCCUAGACGCAGUCCUGGCCAACAUCCGCUCCCCUGUCUUCAACCAUUCCCUGUACCGCACAUUCGUGCCAGCCAUGAUGGCCAUCCACGGCCCACCUAUCGUGUCCCCAGUGGUGUGCCCCCGGAAGCGCAGAUUUGAGGAGGAUGAGCGUCAGAGCAUCCCCAGUGUGCUGCAAGGCGAAGUGGCCAGGCUGGACCCCAAGUUCCUGGUGAACUUGGACCCUUCUCACUGUAGCAACAACGGCACCGUCCACCUCAUCUGCAAGCUGGAUGACAAGGACCUCCCUAGUGUGCCACCCCUGGAGCUCAGUGUGCCUGCUGACUACCCUGCCCAGAGCCCGAUGUGGAUCGACCGUCAGUGGCAGUACGAUGCCAACCCCUUUCUGCAGUCAGUGCACCAGUGCAUGACCUCCAGGCUGCUGCAGCUCCCCAACAAGCACUCGGUCACAGCCCUGCUCAACACCUGGGCCCAGAGCAUCCAUCAGGCCUGCCUCUCGGCUGCCUAGCGGACUUGAACUUCAGGACUGCUGGCGGCCCUUCAGGCUGCAGACUUCACACCGCCUACCAGACGUUACUAGUGUUGGCUUAGAGGGCCUGGGUUAGGUUAGCUUUCCCGCUUCCACCUUCUGUCUGGGGACCUGGCACAUGUCUCCCCGUGCUUGUGCAGUAUUGACCAGGUACCUGUGGAGCUAGCUGCGUAAGGGCCUGGGCUGUUCCCAGGAAGGUUUUCCUUUGGUUUCUUCCAGAAGUCAGGCCCCACACUUCCACGGCCUUUCUGGACUCUGUCCACUCAGCAGCAUGAGAACUCGGGUCCCAUCUAAGCAUCUCUGUCACAGUCCACUGUACUUGUGUCUGGAGAAUGGGGAGGACACAGGAAACCCUCACUAUACACACACUUCUCUAGUCACAGCCCUCAGAAGGCAUGUGGGCACAUCACAGGGGUACUUGUGAAUCUGGG